GCUCCAAUCUUUUCUUUUCUUUUCUUACUUCCCGGAAACCUCUAUCCUAUUUUGCAUAAUGCCGAAACUACCCCUAUGUUGGUGUCGCUGAUUGCUGACAGCUUGACGCUAAUCAGCAAGCCAAUUACUAUCUUCGAUUUUCGAUUUUGUCACUCCCAAUCGCAGCCAACGGCCGAUCUUUUUGCCUCCAUUGAUCGUCAACUUAAAAAUCGCUGAUUCAACACUAGUCUCUGGCUGCACUGGCAUUUUUAAUUUCAAUUUCUCGUCUUCCAUUUUCUCGGUAUUAUUUUGUCCGUGUUUCUCUUCUUUCUUUCUCUCUAUCGUGUCUGACUCUGCAAUUUUUUUUUUCCUACGCAGAGAAAAACCAGACAUAGGGAAGGAGAAAGAAGAGAAGGAAAAACCAAUCGCGUAAACCCUAAAUAAUCUCUCUUUGUUCCCUCCUUAAUGGAGUAUCACCAAGCUUCCUCUGCUACAGCUUUCUCCAAUAAGCUCCCUAACGGUGGAGUCUUAGCUGGAAAGCACGUGUACGACGGCAUUUUUGGUGGUGUAUCCAAGCCUGGGUCUCGAAUGGAGGAUUACAGAGAGAUAUUUGGUGGCUCUAGUGCUUGUUCCAUUCCGGUUCUCGAUUUCCCGGAGCUGAAGGACAGAAAGGCUUCUGUGGACGCGCGGAGUUCGAAGCCAGACUACUCGAAGAUUUUUGGUGGUUUUGCAGAGACAGAUUUUGCUGUGCCCUAUGAGCAAUUGUUUUCAAAACCAAAGAAAGUGAAGAAUUCGUCUCAGGAAGCUCGGGCUGCAGCUAAAGCAAAGUUCUGCCCAGCAGGACCAGAGCAUUUUAAUGUUUCAGAACAGAAAAAAGCUCCAUCAGCUGAAGUAUCUUUCCAAUCACUUGAUGGUGGGAAACAAAUCAACAUUUCAUAUGAUAAAAGUAACCCAGAAAGCAAAACUGGGACAAAUAGAAUGACACAUAUUGCUCAGCUCAACACCAUUCCUGGUUAUACUUGUUUGAUAGAUGAAAUCACUCCCUCGCAGAUGACUGAAGGUGCCAAGCCAGUACACACAGAAUUAAAUGAUCGUCAGCUGAAUGUUAAUGUCAAUGAGGGGACAAAGCAAAGCAAACCACUCCGAAAAGCUGUGUCAGGUCCACAACCCAGAGAAUCUGCUAAAAACAAUUCUAGAAAUCACGCCAACUUUCAGGCAAAAUCCAGCAGGAAUAGAUCCUUUUCAAAUGAUAUAUCAUUUGAUGCAUUUGAAAUUGGCUUUGGCAUGCAGCCAUCAACAGUGUCACCUCUAAGCUCAAUACCUAACUUAGGUAAUAAUAGGGAUGGGCCCAUGAGGUCAAUGAAUCCAAAGCUUGGGGUUUUUAGUAAUGAUGCUUCUGAAGGUGCUACUGGUAGUUAUUCACCACCUUUAUUGGAUGAGGAAAUAGAUGCUAAUUCAGCUGCAGCUGCCUCUGCAGCUGCUGUGAGGAAGGCAAUAGAGGAGGCUCAAGCAAAGAUUAAAAUAGCCAAAGAACUGAUGGAAAGAAAGAAGGAAGGUCUUCAAAAUCGUGUGAGACCAAAAUUUAGUGAUCAGUUGAAAGAUGAGAGAAUGGAGGUUAAAGUUGCAGAAAAAGCAAAUAGAUCCAAAGAGGAGGAGGCCAAGGAAAUACGUCAGAAAUUUUAUACUCCAAAGCAAGAUUUCACCAGCUUACCGGAUCACAAUGCAACAAAACCAAGCCAUGUAACCCUAGAAUUUGGAAAUGCAAAGAAAUCAUCUUCUAUGAAAAAUGCUGUUGGAGAAACAAACAGCACAGAAUCCAAAUUGGCUCAAGUGUAUAAUAGGGUGGAAGGAGAAAGCAGGAAAGGAACAGAUGGGCUUUCUGAACCUGGUGAUAACAGUGAACACAGGGCAAUGAUAUUGGAGGUUAAGCAAGAAAACAAUGCUGAGAUAAUGAAACUAUUUGCCAAUGAGAACAAAUGCAAGGAGAAGAUGACAGGAGAGGAAAGCAUCAAGAAGCCAGUGGAGUGUGAUAAUAAUGAGAAGGCCCCUAAGCAGGAGAAGAUAAAGAGGGAACUACAUUCAGUGGAAGCAGCAUAUGAAUGGAAUGUGUACAGAAACAAUAUCAAGUCAACUGAAGAGCUUGAUCAUCACAUAGAAAAUGAAGAGAAAAUCAGGGUUGUUUAUGAGCAUGAAGAAGCUGAUCUAACUCCUAGUCCUAGAGUGCCCUGUGAACAAGAAGAAAUUGAGAGCACAGUGAAAAAGCUGCAUGAACCAGAAGAAAAUCCAGAAUUUGAAAUCCAAGAUUUGGAUGAGAAUAAAGAUAUGAAGGAACUAAAAGAGGCUCAGAAUUGGAUGAAAAUUGAGAAGAAACAAAGAGAGGCACACAAUCAAGAGGAAAUGGAGAGCAGAUCAAAUGAAGUUCCGGUGAGACAGGAGAAUGAGAGUAGAGUAGAUGAAAUUCAUAGCUAUAGAGAAAAUGAGAAGGGACAGGAAGAAGAUUUGGAGAGGGUAAGAAGUGAAAUGAAACAACAAGAGGCUCCAUUUUGGGAAGAUAAUGAGAAGAAACUAGGUGUUGCCAAGACAGAGGAUGCUGAGAAGUUUGUUCAAGUUUGUGACAAGGAUGGAAGUGAGAAGAUGCUUGGAGAGGAUUGUGGAACAACAGGCACUGAGAACCUGGAAGAGACCAAACAGGAUGAGGAGAUGCUCAAAGAGGAUUCUCUGAUGAACGAAUCAGCUAAAGAAAGGACUUGUGAAGUGUUUGAAACUGAGAGCAUACAGCCACAGAUUCAUCGGAGCGCAGAAGAUGAGAGCAAUUUAGAAGCAACUCAACAGGCUUUUAGAUACCAGGAGAACAAUCUUGAAGCAAAUAAUGAUGUGUACGAGCUAGAUGAAAAUGAGAAUGCAGGCAAAGCUGAUGAAGCCAAUGACCAUGGGGAUCAAGAAAGAUUUGAACAUGUGAAAGUAACUGCAGAGAUAUUUGCACUUGAAAAGAAUAGGAAGAUGAUGGACAUGAGUGAAGAUUCCUUUCCUAAGGAGACCGGAAAAGGUUCAGAAGCAGCUGAAGAGGCAAAUGACCUGGUGGAAGAAGAGAACUUUGAAACUGGUGAUCCAGAGCAAGGUCUCACUGGUUUUGAUGUGAUUAUUAAGCAAACGACAGAUGUGUAUUUAGGUGAAACUGAUGUGAACCUUGAUCACAAGCUAAAUGAAUUUCCUGUGGCAGAGUAUGAGAGAAUCUGUGAACUGGAAAAGAAUACUGAAGAAGUAACUUUUCAAUUGGAUGAAAAUGAUAAGGAUGACAGUGAGUCUGAAAUUGGCCCCAUUUAUGAAGAAAAUGAGAGUAAUUUUGUAUCUUCUCAUGAGGAAAGAUGGUCAGUUAAUGGGAUAGAUUCCAAGCCAGACUCAGUAAAGCAUUUCAAAGAAGCAGACCGUGAAUUGGGAGAAAAUAACAAGGAUGUGAAGAAAUCUGAAGUUCCUAAAGAAGACGAGACUUAUUUUGAAUCUUCUUCCGAGGAAAAAUGGAUAAAUAAUCGGAUUGAUGUGCAAGCAAGUUGGCAGCCACAUACUUUUGAGGGGGAAGGAAUGAACAUGGGAAUAUCUCAAGAGGAGAGAACAAACCAAAGCACUGAUAAAAAGGAGGAGAAGUAUCUUGAAAAUAUGACAGUUGAAAAGAGGAAAGCUGAAGGUAAUUUGCAAGAGGAAAUGGAAUCGGAAAAGAGACAUCAUGGAAGAAAGGAAGAAGCAAAAGUUAGGGGAAUGGAAAAGGAAAGAAUAGUUGUGGAAAGAGCAAUCCGAGAAGCUCGUGAAAGGGCUUUUGCUGAAGCUCGAGAAAGGGCAGAAAAGGCUGCUGCAGAAAGAGCGGCUACAGGAGCUCACCAAAGAGUAAUGGCAGAGGCCCGAGAAAGGUUAGAGAAGGCUUGUGCAGAGGGUAAUGGUAAGUCAGCAGCAGAGAAAGCAUCUAUGGAAGCCAAACUAAAGGCAGAGAGGGCUGCAGUUGAGAGAGCAACUGCAGAGGCCAGGGAACGUGCCCUGGAAAGGGCAUUGUCUGAGAAAGCUUCUUUUAAGGCGAGAAAUCAAGCUGAGAAGUUCUCUGCUGCUUCAAGAGAUGCUGGAAUAAAAUCCCAUGAUCAACAAUAUAAAGGUUCAGGUCCUUCCAACAGUUCCAAAUAUCCAAGCCCUUCAAUUCAUGAUGGGAGAUAUAGCGGUGGUAAUGGUGAAUCAGUUGAAAGAUGUAAAGCCACAUUAGAAAGGAAUCAAAGGACAGCAGAACGUGCAGCAAAAGCUCUUGCUGAGAAGAAUAUGCGUGAUCUUCUUGCUCAGAAAGAACAAGCUGAGAGAAAUAGAUUAGCUGAAACUUUGGAUGCUGAUGUCAAACGUUGGUCAGGUGGGAAGGAGAGGAAUUUGCGUGCCCUGCUUUCAACACUACAAUAUAUCCUGGGCCCUGAUAGUGGAUGGCAGCCAAUUCCUCUCACAGAUCUUAUAUCUACUGCUGCUGUGAAGAAAGCUUACCGCAAAGCCACUCUUUUUGUUCAUCCUGAUAAAUUGCAGCAAAGGGGUGCAAGCAUACAACAGAAAUACACUUGUGAGAAAGUUUUUGAUCUUCUAAAGGAUGCUUGGAACAAAUUCAGUGCAGAAGAAUGGUAGACUAUCAAUUCAUCUUCUCGAAGUAACAUUUAUCGUGAGCAAACAUGUAAUUGCAGCAAAACACAAUCCCCCAAUUGAAGUCUCUGAUGCACAAAUAGGAAAAUUAUUUAGACAUUCAUUUCUCUCAUUUAUGCAGCUUCAAAAGGACGGCUGGGAUUCGGGUGGUUGGGGGACCAUUUUAAUCAUGUAUUAGUGUGUUGCUGAAAUUCAAUGAAACAGAAUAUUGAGCUUGAAUACACCCAAAAUUGAAAUACAAAACUACGAACAUUGCAACUGAUAA